CAACCCGAGUACACCGUAGCUCCCGAGCAGUAGCCAUGCAGGCGCUCGCAUCCCAUCGCACCCUGGCGACGCCAGCGCGCCCUCGCGCUCUAGGCUGUGCGAGCCUGCCUUUUCGCCCCAUCGGAGCUCAAGCCAUGCGCCGCCCGGCUCGUGAGGGGGCCGUGACCGUGCACGCGCGCAGCGGCGGAUACUCGGCGCCCGGCGGGGGCCGGGGCUACAGCUCCACGCCCGGCAUCGUGGACCGCGUCCUGGCUGCGCUGCCCUACAUCCUGCCGUACUUCGACGCAGUGCAGUAUGGUCGCUACCUGUUCCACAUGUACCCCGCGGCGAAGGCGUGCAUAACGCCGUUCCUGCCCGCCAUGAGCCUGUACCACUCCCUGCCUUUCGGCUCCUUCAUCGUCUUCUUUGGCCUGUACCUGGGCGUGGUGAACAACCCCAGCCUCAGCCGAUUCGUGCGCUUCAACGCCGUCCAGGCCAUUCUGCUGGACAUCAUCCUUGUGCUGCCGCGCCUGCUGGAGACGGUCCUGACGCCGCCCACGUCCGGCUGGGGCGCGCAAGUGUACAUUCAGUCGCAGAGCUUCAUCUGGAUUUUCAUCACCAUGUGGGUGGUGUUCGGCAUCGUGUCCAGCAUGCUGGGGCAAUGGGCGCGCAUCCCUUUUAUCCACGAGGCGGCGGAGGCGCAGCUGCGGUAAAGCCGCAGGGAUGGCUGUUACAAUUCGGUGCGGGGCUGGGGGCCAUUUGAAGGAAGCUGCGCUACGGUGCGGGCUGUCCGCAGCAGUUUGCGCAGGGUUGCGUGUUAGGCUCGCCCCGCAUGCCGCAUGAUUGCAGUGAGGCGCCUUGCACGGCUGAAAAAAGCCUUGGUGCACUUUGGAUGGAGAGUUGCGUGUUGUGCAACUGUGAGUGUAGGGGAGUUGCGGGCGUCGUGUACGAUGCAAGCUGAGACGCUACUGACGCUGAACCAGUUCUAAUGCGCAUUUGCAUGCUGUGUUGAUAACGGAGGAGGCCGUUGGUUUGCUGGGGGCAGGUUCAUGAGUUGAUCACUGCGACAUACAGAGUGUGCUUUGAUCGCGGUACUUGCGCUUUGAAGUGGAGGCUGUGGAGCACUUAAAAUAACAGAGUGAACAUCCGGAUGCGGGGACACGUGUGCUCUGGUUUUCCGGGGUCGUUGCCCACCUUCCAGUAUGUGCCCAGGCGUCACCAGGCAAGCAGCAGUGGUGAUGCGUGUACGUUGCACGUGCGGCGUGCGGCGCGGCAAUCCUCGCAACUACCAACACUUUAACUGACACACGGGGAUCACAAACGGGCUUUCGCGCAACUGCCAACGAACAGGGGGGCGCGUGGCGUGGUGGUUGGCGCGCGGCGCGAUUGGGAACGCAUAGUUGGACAGCGAGGCGUGUGGGAAGCUGCGACAGAGCACGGCGGGGGCAUGGCGGAGGCUGACGGUUGGCGCGCCGCGUGAGUGGGAGUGCAUAGUCGUGCGCGCGCUGUUUGGGAAGCCGCGUGUGUGAGCUGCGUGUAAACUCAGAGAAAC